UCACUUUUGAGGAUAAGCAUUGACCAUCACAGCACACACUCCAAACUUUUACAUAACUAAAUUCCAUUUCUAACUUGAGAAGAACAACCAUGAGAUGAUGAUUCUGUUAGCCCUUCUCUUCUGACUCUUAUCUCCCUAAACCUCUCAUCUUCUCUUCUUAAUUUCCAGUGAAACAAUGUCUGUUCUGCCUGCUGCGACUUCUCAUAUUUUAUGCAGAGAAUUCCAUCAAAAACAUCACAGUACCCAGUUUUGGAGUAACGGGUGUGGCUUGAUUUUGCCAAAAAAUUCUGGGUUUUUGGUUGAUUUGAAAAACAGAGACUGGAAGAAAAUUUCAAGGAGGGAUUUGAGAGCAGAGGCGUUUUGGACCAAUCUGUCCGGACCCACCACCGUUGAAAUGGAACCCAUUAACGAUUCUGAUCACCUUGAUCAGAUUCUAGCUCAUGCAACAGAAAUUUCUCAGCCUAUUCUCAUCGAUUGGAUGGCUUCUUGGUGCCGGAAAUGCAUAUAUUUGAAACCAAAGUUAGAGAAAUUGGGUGCUGAAUAUGAUAACAUGGUCAAAUUCUAUUGCGUGGAUGUCAAUAAGGUACCUCAAGCUUUGGUGAAGCGUGGAAACAUACAAAAAAUGCCAACCAUUCAGUUAUGGAAAGAUGGUGAGAUGAAAGAAGAAGUUAUUGGAGGACAUAAAGCAUGGCUCGUGAUUGAUGAAGUGAGAGAAAUGAUCAACAAAUAUGUGUAAUUAUCCAUUCAAUCUUCUUUCUCUCUCUCUCUAUAAUGUGUAAUUGUAAUUGUAAUUGUAGUCAAAUCCAUCAUAGCCCUCCCAAAAAAAUGUAUAGUCUUACAUAUAAGAGAAGUGAAAUGCCAAAGCAUACCCAACUUAUCUGAUAAUCUCACCCAGAAUUUGCAAACUGUCCACACUGCAUCAAAAUUUGCAACUUGAAAUCUUUGGCGGUACAGUUGCAGAUUGCACAAUGCAAUUCAAACCUCGAUGCAUUAUUAGAAAAUACCAAAUUCUUUUAUAUUAUAUUAUUUAUUAAUUAUUACAAAGUAAUAUAUUUUAGUUUUAUUUGUGGUAA